UUGUCUAUUUUUGUGUACAAACUGAGGGCCAAUUAGGAAGAAUUUACUGCAUCUGUUGAAAUUGAUAAAAUCGUUAGGUGAAAGGGACGGUGGAUGUCCGUUUAAUUAGGGCGUCCUCCCGGCAAAGGUAAAAAUGUUCGAAACGCGAGAUUCUCGCGAGACUAAACGGCUUUCAAAUGUUUAAGCACCGAGGAUACGGCGUCGCCCAUUUUUCACCUGGCUUACGAAGGCAAAAAGCAGGAUGCUCCGAACAGGAUCGAAAGCAAAGAUGAGUAUUUUUACCUUCGAUUCCGCAGCUCCGUUGUCUUAACAAAACCUAUCGUUCGUUUGUUGCAUUCCACGUCGCGAAGUGUCGAUUUGCAUCCUAGAUGCACUGAACACGACGAUGCAGAGGCUGCCGGAUAGUCGCAUAAACGCGUUCGGCGUGAUGCAGAUCGCCGAGAUGUUGACAAACAUCGGAUGCCUUCGGGAUCUGGAUCUCGACAUGAAUCCGAACGCGCAGGAGAAUUUCCAUUUGCUCUGUCAGCCCGCUGGAAAUCUGCUAUUCUUGUCCCUGAGACAUUGCAAAAUAUCCGACGAGGGUGUGAAGAAGAUCGCGAAUGAGUUGCGAUAUCGGGAUCCACCGAACGAUCCGAAGUUAAUUAGUUUGAGCCUGUCGAACAACCGUGUCACGUGCGAAGGGGCAGCUCACUUAGGCUCCAUGCUUCGUACCAACAGAUCAUUGAAGAGCCUGAGCCUGCUGGCGAACAGAAUGUGCGACGACGGUGCGUGGGCGAUAAUUAAGGAACUGAAGAUAACAACGUUGGAGCACGAAGAAAUCGUGGAUCUCCGUCGCAAGCGGUUCGAGGAACUAACGUCGCCUGCCGAGGAAUUGGUGUCCAAAGAGUUUAACAACGAUUCGACGGAGGAAAAGGGGAGAAAGAACAAUAAAUCGCGAUCGGUUCGAAGUUCGUCCAGACGAUCAAAAACAUGUACGAUCGACGCGCACGCGUUGAAUCGCGAACGCGUUUCACUCGAACGAGAUUGCAUUUCCAGCGAUCGCGGACGUAUCGAUCAAAGCUCUGAGAACAGGAAGCAUCGACCAGGAUCUGGUAUCAACGCGAAAAAAGAAAGUGGCCGGUGACGAUCGCGAAAAGCGUCAUCCAUUUGGAACCGAAAGCUUCCCGAUCAACGGCGCGCUCGUCUCGACCGGAAACAUGUGCUUGCAAUACUUGGACUUGAGCUGUAAUUACUGUCGUAUCUUGGGCCGAGUAUCACGGGGCAUUAACAGGCCCGAUUUCUACGUAGAUAAUCACCUGACUAAGUACACUCUGAAAGAUCUGAUAAACUGCCUGUACUAUCAAAACUUCUUGCUGCUCGGAGAUAGGAGCAUGGGCCUGUUGCACGUCAUCGUAGAGGUAAACGAGCGCACGUUCUGAGCGCGCGACGCUUAGAACGAAUUGUCUUCGAGGCUCGGCUCGACUGCUGUUAAUCGCAGGGCGGAGGUUUCGAGACGGAGGAUGAGAUCGAUUGGGCCACGUUCGAGGAACUUUUGAGGAUCAGGAGAAAGGAUAACGCGCCGUCGAAGGACGCUUUCCAGGACUUCGUGUCUCCGGAGAGUAGAAUGUUGCGCGAAAAGAUCGAAGUAACCCCUUCGGUCCUCUUAAAAAAAUCCGAGAUCGUUCCGCGUCUCCUCUAAUCGAUUUUUCGUUGUCGACAGGCCUCCGAAAAUGCCGCGGAAAAUUCCAGCAAUAACUUUCCGGCGCGAAGCAGCAAGCUCGACGAAUAA